AUGGAGGAGUGGGAGUAUUUAGAAGGACACAAGGAUCUCUACAAGGACGUCAUGAUGGACAAUCAGCCGCCCCUCACAUCACCGGAUGUAAAAUGGAAGUGUGGGAAGUGUUAUUCACAGAAGUCCUGUCUUACCAGACAUCAAAAACUUCACACGGGGGAGAAUCUUUAUUCUUGCCCUGACUGUGGGAAAUGUUAUACACAGAAAUCAAACCUGGCUACACAUCAAAGAUCUCACACAGGAGAGAGCCCAUAUUCCUGCCCUAAGUGCGGGAAAUGUUUUUCACAGAGGGGCAGUCUUUCCAGACAUCAGAGAUUGCAUUCGGGAAUUCACACGGGGGAGAAGCCGUAUUCCUGUCCAAUGUGUGGAAAAUGUUUUUCAGAAAAAACUAGUCUUACCAAACAUCAGAGAUUGCACACAGGUGAGAAACCGUAUUCCUGCCUCACUUGCGGAAAAUGUUUUAAACAGAAAUCAGAACUUGUUAAACAUCAAAGAUCUCAUACUGGAGAGAAGCCGUAUUCCUGCCUUGAGUGCGGGAAAUUGUUUUCACAGAAGUCCAAUCUUAAUGCACAUCAGAGGUUUCACACGGGUGCGAAGCCAUAUUCCUGUCCUGAGUGCGGGAAAAGUUUUUCAUGGAUGUCUCAACUUACUGAACAUCAGAGAUUGCACACGGGGGAGAAGCCGUAUUCCUGUCCUGAGUGCGGGAAAUGUUUUGUACAGAAAUCAAAACUUGUCAUACAUCAAAGAUCUCAUACAGAGGAAAAGCCAUUUUUGUGUCCUGAGUGCGGGAAAUGUUUUUCAGAGAAGUCCUACCUUUCCACACAUCAGAGAUCACACACAGGGGAAAAGCCAUAUUCCUGUCCUGAGUGUGGGAAAUGUUUUUCACAGAAUUCCAAUCUUUACAGACAUCAGAGAUUGCACACAGAGGAAAAGCCUUAUUCUUGUUCUGAGUGCGGGAAAUGUUUUGCACAAAAAUCAGAUCUUGUCACACAUCAAAGAGCUCACACGGGGGAAAAGCCGUAUUCCUGUCCUGAGUGCAUGAAAUGUUUUUCAAGGAAAUCCAAUCUUUACAGACAUCAGAGAUCUCACACAGAGGAGAAACCGUAUUCUUGUACCGAGUGCGGGAAAUGUUUUGCACAAAAAUCAGAUCUUGUCACACAUCAGAGAUCUCACACAGGGGAAAAACCAUAUACCUGUCCUGAGUGCGGGAAAUGUUUUACACGAAAGGCCAAUCUUAAAACACAUCAGAGAUCUCACACGGGGGAGAAGCCGUAUUUCUGUCCUGAGUGUGGGAAAUGUUUUUCAGAUAGGUCCAAUUUUUACACACAUCAGAGGUCUCACACGGGGGUAAAGAUGUAUUCCUGUCCUGAAUGUGGAAAAUGUUAUUCACAUAAAUCUAAUCUUCACAUACAUAAGAGAUCUCACACAAAUGAGAAGCCAUAUUCCUGUUUUGAGUGUGGGAAAUGUUUUGUACGAAAGGCAGAACUUUUCACUCAUCAGAGGUCUCACACGGGGGAAAAGCCGUAUUCCUGUCCUGAGUGCGGGAAAUGUUUUUCAGCUAAGCCAUAUCUUUACACACAUCAGAGAUUGCACACGGGUGAGAAGCCGUAUUCCUGUCCUGAGUGUGGGAAAUGUUUCUCAAAGAAAUUCAAUCUUUCCAUACAUCAGAGAUAUCACUCAGGUGAGAAGCCAUAUUCCUGUGCUGAAUGUGAGAAACGUUUUUUUUAA